GGGCGCGGCGGCGGCGGCGGGUCCCGGGGCAGCGAGCGGCGGAGCUGAGCUGGGAAAACCUUGUUCAAACCAUACCUUUUCCAGUCUGAUUUUUGCAAGACCGCUGCUGUGCUUUGCAAACCAGAGCUCCGUAGAGAAUUGCCUCUUCCAGCGCCUCUUCCAGCCAGCAGCCAGGUCGGAGGCCUUGUCUUGCUGUCCUACAGCAGCCCAGCAGCAGCAGUUUCUUUCUGUGCUGUCAGGACAGGCCUUUGCUCCUCUAGAUCGGAACUGAAACAGAAAUCCCAGCUAUCGUCAUGGGAGAUGUCUGUCUGGUCAGAUUGAUGGUGCUUGUGUACAUCUGGUUUCCCAAGGUUGCUGCCCAGAAUCUCAUAAAAAACCCCAGGGACCAGAACACAGAGCAUACCCUCUUGAUUAAUGAAGUCAAUGCUGACACUCCAGGAGUGGACACUUCUGAGUUUGUGGAGCUCUAUCACACCAGUGGCCGAACGGCCCGUUUGGAUGGCUACUAUCUGGUUUUCUACAAUGGCAACGGAAACCGAGCUUACAAAGUUUUGAACCUUCGGGGCAAGGUUACUAAUGGCCAAGGGUUCUUUCUCAUUGGGUCCCCUUCUGUGAACCCGGCAAUACUGAUUCCUAAGAACACUAUCCAGAACGGCCCCGAUGCAAUCGCUCUGUACUAUGGAAAAGGGAACUACAAGGAAGGCAUGAACGUCACAAGUAGUGGACUGGUAGAUGCUUUGGUCCAUAAGACUAGGAAGAUGGACAGAGCUGACACUCUGGUCAGUGUACUGACUCCUGGCAGAGAUGCUUUUCUGGAGGACUCCACCUUCAGGAGCAUGGAUGAGUCAAUAGAAAGGUGCCGCGGGGCAGAUUCUCAGUGGAUCUUCCAAGUGGCCGUGCCUACCCCAGGCACAGACAACCACUGCAUCCUGACUUCUCAGCUGAACGCGUCUGCUGUCCUGAUCAGCGAGGUCCAUGCUGCCUCUUCUUCCAAAGAUUUUGAGUUCAUAGAGCUUCAGGGUCCCCAUUCCACCAUGCUGAGGGACAUCGUUCUGGUGCUGAUUGAUGGUCAGACCAAAGACAUUUAUUUCACCAUGGACGUUUAUGGCAAAACCUCAUCGGAUGGGCUUCUUCUGCUUGGUCCAGCACUAAGCAAAGCCCCAGUGGACUUGCCGUUCCCGGAGAACUCUACUCACCCUGUACUCAGGGAUGGCCCCAACGCCGUUGCCCUCUACAGAGGUAACAUCAGCAGCUUUGCCCUGGGGAAGGUGCUGCCGACGGCUGGCCUGCUGGAUGCCUUCGUGUACACGAACACCGAGGGGGUGAGCCCCGAGCUGCUGGAGACCCUGACGCUGGGCAGACCUGCCCUAGAGAGCACACGGCACCAGCUGGGAAAUGUGUCCAUGAGCCGGUGCAACUGCUGCUCUGUGACCCGGGACUCCUUGUCCUACGUCCUCAGCAGGCCUACUCCUGGCAAGUUCAACAAUUGCCCCAGCAAACGCUUCAGCCAGACGGUCUCCUUCUGCCUUCUUGUAGCAGAUUGCCAGGAGUGGCUCUCAAAGUCAGAAGAAAUCCUGAUGGCUCUCGUCCAGGCCUUUGACCGAUCCUGCAGCUGUGGAGUUUCUCCUGCCUACUUCAAAGAUUCAGAGGUGUCCUGCCAGGACCUGGGGCUUGUGUUCACCACCCUGCUCACUGCAAAGUCAGAAGACCAGCUGAGCAGCCUGCUGCUAGCCUUCAACACCUUUCUGGAGAGCCCCAGGGUUGUGAGUUUUGACAGAAGGAAUAUCACAGCAGAAAGCUCCUGCUUCAAGGAUAUUAAUGUGCCAGACUUACCUCCAGGUGUCCCAUCACAGGUUCCAGAGGGGACUCGAGAGCCCUCUAGACAAGUGGGUGAGCUGCUCAUCAACGAGGUGAACCCAGACAACCCGGGGGGAGGAGAGGACGCAGAGUACAUAGAGCUCUUCUACACUGGACGGACACACUUUGACCUCCAGAGAUACUGGUUGGUCCUCUACAAUGGCAAAAACAGCCGGGCCUACCGGGUGUUGGACCUAUCCGGACACCACACAAACGAGCUGGGUUACUUCCUGGUGGGAAGCAGCACCAUGCGCCCAGCACCCAUGGUCAGGCUGCCCCCCAACACCAUACAGAACGGGGCCGAUGCCGUGGCUCUUUACUACAGCAACAGCACCCUCUACACGGUGAACAUGGCUGUGACCACUGAGGGGCUGGUGGAUGCUGUGGUGUACACAUCCCGAGCAGAUGAGAAGGCAGAGAAGCUGCUCAAAGUGCUGGUACCGGGGCAGAGCAUCCUUUACGAAAAUGAUUCUCACAGCACUGAGGAUGAGUCUCUGAGCCGCUGCCACAGUCUGAGUGCAAGACUCCAGAGCAGCUUCCAGGUGACGGCAGUGACACCGCUCGGAGAAAACUCCUGCGGCAGCCCCCACGUGCCAUCGCUGCCUGCUGUCCGCAUCAGCGAGCUGGGGCUGGCAGGCGGCAGGGCCAGCGGCUUUGUGGAGCUGCAGGGGCUGCCGGGGACCAGCCUAGAUGGCCUCAGCCUGGUCAUCUUCACCAGCCAGGAGGGUGCCGCUCAUGGCAGCGUCCCGCUGGGUGGCAACCUCAGCGCCUCAGGCCUGCUGCUGCUGGGCGGCAGGAACGAUGGAACAAAACUGAUGUUUGAGGACAUUGCUGCUAGCGAAGGCUCCAGCGCUAUUGCUCUGUACAGCACCAGUGUGAUUCCUAGUGGCAUGAAGGCAACGUCAGAGAACCUGGUGGAUGCCCUGGUGUAUACAUGUGGGCCAAGCAUGGUGGGAGGACACUUGGAUGUCCUCGGCCCAUUGUACACUGUGCCCUGCAAGGAUGACAGGCCCGUGUCCCUGAGUCGAUGCCCUUCCGGUGAUGCCAGCGCAGAGCUACAGUUUGCCAUCUCAGAACCUACCCCUGGUGUGCAGAACAGCUGUCCACAGGAUGCCUUUGCCGUGGGUCUGGACUUGUGCUUCCUGACACCCAACUGCUCUGCCUGGACCGUGCACCACAGAAGGACACUUGAAAGCUUUAGAAGGGUCUUGAUGAUCUCCCUGGAGGAGGAGUGCUCCUGUGGCGUCUCUGAGCUCUACCUGCAAGGGCUGAACCUGACGUGUGUGAACUCCGUGGUGAAGGUCUCGGGCCGGGUGCGUGCUCGGCUGCCGAUGCAGCAGCAGUCCAUUGAAAGCUGGCGCCGGGGCCUCCUGGCCAGCCCCCACCCCUUCUCCGUGGAUGGAAGAGUGCUGAAAACCAGCCCUGAGUGCAUCGCCCCCAGAAGCACACCAGUGUCAUCACAGAGCAGUUCCUUCCCGCGCAGCUGGGAGAUCACCCUGUUGGUCGUGGGAGCUCUGCUGCUCGUGCUCUUGCUGGUUGGCCUGGCGUUGCACUUCAUCAAAAGACAUCCCCCAAAUUACACCAACAUUGAAAUGAACGACUGCAGGGAGAUGGCAGCAGACUUCUAAUGCUCCCAGGCACGGCUGCAGUGGCAGAACCACCUCCACCACCAGGGCUGGACUUGUGCGUGCAGGCGGCAGAGCGGCUGUUCUGCUCCCUCUUCCUCCACGGUUGCUGCAAGGAGCUGUGUAUGUAUACAUGGGUGUGUAUACACAGACACACAUCUUUAUGUACAUGUGUCUAUAUAGAGAGUUUGGAGAAACAGGCUGGUGAACAAC